GCGAUGGCAGCAGUUGGAGUUGGAGCCCCAGGGCUGAGGAUCCCUGACUGUGUGACCAAGGUGGAGCUGAGAAUCUCCUGUGAGAAGCUGCUGGACAUGGAUGUGUUAUCAAAGUCUGACCCCCUCUGUGUACUUUUUGUAAACAGCUCAGGACCCCACUGGUGUGAGGUUGGUCGGACAGAGAAAAUUAUGAACUGCCUUAAUCCCAAGUUUUCCAAGACUUUUGUCAUCGACUACCACUUUGAGAUGGUGCAGAAGCUGAAGUUUGAAGUGCAUGACAUCGACAGCGAAAACUGUAGUCUGAGAGAUGCAGACUUCCUUGGACAAAUGGAGUGCACUUUGGGACAGAUUGUGUCCUCCAGAACACUAACACGUCCACUUCUCCGUAAGGAUCAGACGCCUGCAGGAAAAGGAACCAUUACUAUAUGCGUUGAAGAAAGAACAGACAAUCGGGUGGUGGCUUUCGACAUUGCAGCAAGAAAACUGGAUAAAAAGGAUUUCUUUGGCAAAUCUGACCCUUUUCUGGAAUUCUACAAGCAGACAGAAACUGGUUGGCAGCUGGCUCACAGGACAGAGGUGGUGAAGAACAACCUAAACCCAAUAUGGAGACCAUUCCGGAUCCCCAUUCAGUCUCUAUGUGGAGGUGAUGUGGAGAAAACUAUGAAAGUGGAGUGUUAUGACUACAACAACAGUGGCUCACAUGACUUCAUUGGAUCCUUCCACACUACGCUGUCCCAAAUACAGCAGGCAUCACAAGUGUAUGCGGCAGAAUUUCAGUGCAUCAACUCGAAGAAGAAACAGAAGAAGAAGGGAUACAAAAACUCUGGCAUUGUCAUUGUAAAGCAGUGCGAGAUAAUAAAGGAGUAUACUUUUCUGGAUUACAUCAUGGGCGGCUGUCAAAUUAAUUUCGUUAUUGCUAUUGACUUUACAGGCUCCAACGGGGAUCCCAGGUCUCCUGAGUCCCUCCACUACAUCAACCCUCAGGGCUACAAUGAAUACUUGGCAGCUAUCUGGGCAGUGGGAAUGGUCAUUCAGGACUACGACAGUGACAAGCUGUUCCCUGCCUUUGGUUUUGGAGCCAAAAUUCCUCCGGCAUGGAAGGUCUGCCACGAAUUUCCUAUCAACUUCAACCCAUCAAAUCCAUUUUGUGCUGGUAUAGAGGGCGUGGCUCAUGCUUAUCAGCUGUGCCUGCCACAAGUGAGGCUGUAUGGUCCCACAAACUUUGCUCCCAUCAUUAACCACGUCGCCCAGUUUGGCGGGCAAGCCAUGAUGCAACAAACUGCAUCUCAAUACUUUGUUCUGCUCAUCAUCACUGAUGGAGUGAUCACAGACAUGGAUGAGACACGCCAUGCCAUCGUCAAGGCCUCUCAUCUGCCCAUGUCUAUCAUCAUUGUUGGAGUUGGGGGAGCAGACUUCAGUGCCAUGGAGUUUCUGGAUGCAGACGAUGGUCCUCUGCGCUCUGCCACAGGAGAGGCUGCCAUGCGAGACAUUGUGCAGUUUGUGCCAUUCAGACAGUUCCAAAAUUCUCCUAUGGAAGUGCUUGCACAGAGUGUCCUGGCAGAAGUCCCAGGUCAGGUGGUGAGCUUCUUCAGCACAAUGAAUUUGAGUCCGCCCAACACUGAUGUAGCUCCAGCACCCCUCAGUGAUGGACUUUGAAACCCAGACUUCUUUAUGAUAACUCUUAAAAAAAAAAAAACCCUGACAAACACUUCUUGUCUCACCUGUAUUUUCAGUGACCGAUUCAGGGUUCCACAUUUGCAUUCAUGGAUUUGGAAGCUGCUUUCAUCCAAAGACAUUUUCAUGUCAGG